AUGACUAUCGCUUUAACGAUUGGAGGAAACGGGUUCUCGGGUCUACCCGGAUCUUCGUUUUCGUCAUCAUCUUCAACGUUUCGAUUAAAAAACAGCAGAAGAAAGAGCACGAAGAUGAUGAACAGACCAGGAGCCGUUUGCUCUUCAUCUUCUGUAAUGGAUCCGUAUAAGACUCUUAGGAUCCGACCCGAUUCGUCCGAAUACGAGGUCAAGAAAGCUUUCAGACAACUCGCUAAAAAGUAUCAUCCUGAUGUUUGUAGAGGAAGCAAUUGUGGUGUUCAGUUUCAGACAAUCAACGAAGCUUACGAUAUUGUGUUGAAGCAAAUUAAGAACCAGAUGGAAGGGGCGGAGGAAUUUCAGCCGUUCGAUGUAUACGACGAGGGGUUAAACGGUAUGAAUGAUCCAGAUUGCGACACGUGGGAAGAAUGGAUGGGAUGGGAAGGUGCAGGAACACGAGAUUACUCAUCUCACGUCAAUCCUUACGCUUGA